AUGUCAACGCCUCAUCCUCAGCAACGCCUAGGAGGCAUGGCUGAGUUCAACCCAAGGAGCGACAACAUUAGGUCGUACUUCGAGAGGCUUGGAAAUUCUGUUGACAUAAACGAAGUACCCGCGGCGAAAAAGCUGAAGUUGUUCUUGAACGUGGUGGGUGGUCAGGCUUACGAGGAGCUCAAGAAAAUUCUAGUUCCACAGAAGCCCACCGACAAAACUUUCGAGCAAGUGCGGGAGUUGCCAGAAGACCACUUCAGUCCGGAGUAUUCCGUAAUUGCCGAACGCUGCAAAUUCAACAGGGGAAUGCAACAAGAAGGUGAAAGCGUGAAGGAUUUUAUGACAGAAUUGAAGCACCUAGCACGGAACUGUGAAUUCAAGGAAUUUCUGAAUGAAGCUUUGAGAGACCGCCUGGUAGCAGGCUUACGCGAUGAAGAGACCCAGAGAAUAUCGUUUGCUACGGAGGGUCUGACUUUUGAAGGCGCAUCUGAAAUACCUAUUGAAAAGGAACUCGCAUCACAGCAAACCAGCGAGCUGCUUAAAGUAGAAGCGAGACCAACCGAAGUUAACGUUAUCAAAAAAGAAAACAAGCGGGAAACGCACACGUCACGAUUAAAGAAGGAAGGCGCAUCAAAGACGAAUCGUGGUUGUUAUCGCUGUGGGAAAGGACACGCGCCUGACCGAUGCUGGUAUCGAAAUACGAAAUGCCGUGCGUGCGCAAAGACAGCACAUUUGGAAGCAAUGUGCCAAGAGAAGAACCGGCGUCCGAUAAACUAUGUUGAUACGUCAGACGAUGACUCCGAAACAUCGCAAGUUUAUCACGUCGUGCUUUGUGCAGCAAGCGACAAGCGUGGGUACAAGGUUCCCGUAAACAUUGAAGGGAAGCCGAUCUCUAUGUUGCUGGACACGGGCGCAGAAGUUACGCUGAUUCCUGAAAGCGUCUACGAGGCGAACUUCGCGGAAGUCGCAUGCAAACCAACAAAGGUUUCCUUGAGAACAUACACUGGAGAACCCUUGAAGGUAAAAAGACAUGUCAACGUAGAGCACAACGGACGCAGCGCAACGCUUCCUCUUUUCGUGGUAGAAGAUAACCAAAGAACUCUAUCCGCACUACUAGGUCGCGACUGGUUAGAAGAGUUGCAACUUGAUUGGAAGGCCGUCUGUGCGAAAACAGAGGAAGACAAAGUCAAGUCUUUAGAGGAGAAGUUUCCAGAAGUCUUCCGUAGCACACCUCGAGUUGUGUCCAACUACGAGGCAAAGGUCGUCCUAAAAGCGAACAGCACACCAGUGUACUGCAAAGCGAGGCCUAUAUCAUUCGCCACCAAAGAAGCCGUUGCGGCAGAGCUAAGCAGGUUAAAAAACGACGGCAUCGUGAAACGAGUGACCCGCAGUGACAUGGCAGACCGUCAACAAAGGAGCGCCGACCAACUCAACCAGCAAAGAGGGCCAGCGGAGUUCUUCUGCGUCAAUGAGAAGGUUUACGUCAAAACAACGCGAUGCGAAGCCGAAUCAUGGCAGGAGGGAAUCGUCGAACAAGUCGUCAGCCCCGCUACGUACCUCGUCUGA